AUGGUGAACGGCGUGCAGGUAAAACAGAGGUGGUGCAGCACAUGCAGGGUUUACAGACCCCUGCGCUCCAAACAUUGUUCCUACUGCGAUCGCUGUGUCUUCCGUUUCGAUCAUCACUGCACAUGGCUAGGCAACUGCGUGGGAAUAGGCAAUUACCGAUCCUUCCUGCUCCUAGUGAUGACUGCGACGCUGUUCUUUGGGCACUCCUCUCUCAUCACCCUCAAGGUCGCGCGCCAGUGCCUUCGAGAGGCCAGCGAUGCUUCUGUUGUCAGGCGCCUGUUUGUGGCCAACGCUGGAAAGUUCCUUUACGUUGCCUACGCCUCGUUGAUGUGCUUGGCUUUCAGCAUCCUCAUGUUGUACCAUCUCAUCAUCAUGGCUUGCAACCUGACAACAAAUGAACAUGUUCGGGACUACUACAUGGAAAGGAAUCCCUUCGACAUCACGUGCGUGGAAAACUACCGCCAGGUGUUGUGCUCCCCGUAUGGGAGAACCUACCGCGUCAGUUUUGCUGGUGCUGGUGCUGGUUCUGCUGGUGGUGGCGGUGCUGCCGCCGCUGCUGCUGCUGAUUCUGCUCGGGAGGUAGAGUGA